AUGGAUGUUCUUGCCUCGGUUGAUAAGGAAAAAUUGGGAUGUGGACUUUGUGUAUUGUUUAGAGGUGGGCUUGGUAGUUGCGGGCCUAAUGUAGAUAAUGAGGGGUUAGUGAGAUGUGAGCUUUGUGGAGGGUUUGGAGUUAGGCUUGGAAGCUAUUGGCUGUCGAGGGAAAAUUAUGACAUAGGUUGUAUGGAGGAUUAUGUAUUGGGUUGUGUAGUUGUUGAUUUUCCAUGGCUGAUGGAAGAAGAUUAG